UUGUUUUAUUAGGAUUAAAAGUGCCAUUUUUUGCGACGAGCAAAUUUUGCAUUUGCGAGGCGGAGCGAAGCGAAGCCGAGCGGAUGCAAAAUUGCGAGUCAAAAACUGACUUUUAAUCCGAAUGAAACAUACUACUUUUUCGCCAGCCAAAAAGUAAAUCUCAAAAAUACAAAAUAUUGAUAACAAUAAUAUCGAGCAGAAAUGAAUCAAUCUGCAAAGUAGUCUGGUAUCCACGUCGUCAAGGCUUUUUUUGUUUGCUUACAUACCAUUGUUUUGUGAAAACGUUUGCAGUGUUAAUAAUGAAUCCUGAAGAAGAGUUACCUCCCGAUGUGCUAGAAGAAGCACAAAACGUGGUACUGAACUUGUUACCAACAAAAUCGCGCGAAGUGUAUGAGUGCGCGUAUACCCGCUUCAUCAAAUGGUGCGAAGGGAAAAAGAUUCAAACUUAUUCUGAGAACGUCCUAUUGGUAUAUUUUUCCGAAUUGGCUACAAAAAUGAAGUCAUCCACACUGUGGUCGCAGUAUUCCAUGGUGAAAGCAACUUUAAAUAUAAAAAAUGGCAUAGAAAUCGGAAAGUAUUCAAAAUUAAAAGCGUUUAUAAAGAAACAAGGAGAAGGAUACGUUCCAAAGAAAUCAAGGGUUUUAACUAAUGAACAAAUAGAAGUUUUCUUAGACACGGCUCCGGAUUUCAAAUUCCUGAUGAUGAAAAUUGUUGUAAUCUUUGGCGUUAGCGGAGCUUGUCGGUGUCACGAACUAUUACAAAUAAAAACUGAAGAUAUUGAAAAUAUUAAAGCAGGUUUAUUGGUAAAAAUUCCUGAUACCAAAACGAAAAAACCCAGAUCAUUUACGGUUAUGGGGGAAAAGUAUUUGAAAUUUUACGAAAAGUAUGUUGCGCUUCGUCCAAAAAUGUUUAAUGAAGGUCGGUUUUUUAUUAAAUAUGUCGACGGAAUGUGCCAUCGACAAGUAGUUGGCAUUCAUAAAAUUAGUGGUGUACCCCAAGAAGUAGCCAAAUAUUUAAAGCUAGAAAACUUUAAAGAAUACAGCGGACAUUGCCUACGUCGGACUUCUGCCACGCUUUUUGUGGAUUCUGGCGGUGAUAUUACGUCCCUCAAGAGGCACGGUGGGUGGAAAUCUGACAGUGUAGCCGAAGGUUACAUAGAAGAGUCUCUUAAACACAAAAAAGAUGUAGCAAAAAAAAUUUUUCGUUUGGAAGAACCAGGUACAAGUAGUGAAACCACAAGUAAAAUACAUGAAGACGCAACGAAUAGGAAUGUGAGCGAAGUAAACCUAGAAGAAUCAGGUACAAGUAGUGGAACUACGAAUAGAAUGAUCACACGUGAAGACGGAAUAAGUAGGAAUGUGGGAGCAGUAAACCUGAAUUUUGACACUGUGACCAACCAGACAGCAGGAGCGGUAGAAGUGUUAGCGCAAAAUAUUAUUACUGACCGCAUGAAAAAUGAUAAUAGUGACGGAAAAUCUUUAAUCCAAAUCAAUCGCAGUUGUUCUUAUUGUACAUUCAAUAUUAAUUUUAAAAUUUAAAUAAUUAAUAACAAUGUAAGUUAAUAAUAAAAUUGGAAAAUAUUAA